GAACUUUUUUUUUGGAUGACGUCCAGACUUUUUUGAGCUCCGCGUUUCUGGGGCCCAAGCUGCUGGUCACCCUCCAAUACCCCGAUUCCCCGGCUCACCUCGACUGACAGCAUACACUUUCGGAUAACGCGACGACCCUAUUACACCCAUCACCCACGCGAACAUUCCAAGAUAAGACGCAGAACGCGGUUCCCUUUCCCUGACAUCCCGAAUCAGCAACAAACCUUCAAGAUGACCUGCCAAAGCUGCCGCUACCAGGCAAGGCUCCUGGCCCGAAGCCUGCGCGCCACCGCCGACCUCGCGUCCGCAUCAUCGCCAUCCCAGCAAACCUCCACCGCCGCGACAGCGCGCCGGGCGGCAUUGACGACAUCCAAGACCGGCCCGGCGGCGCCGGCGGCGACUACCAUGGGGAGGAGGUACUUCAGCCAGACGGCGACGCGGCGGGACGCGGCACCGUCGUCCGGCGGGCUCAAGCAGGCCAUUGCGUCGGGCAUGAUGGCCGCCGCGCCAAAGACCAUGGCCGCGACCCUGACCACCUCCCGCCUCGAGGCGCUGUAUAAGAUUUGCUCCUCGCCGGCGCUUUACAAGAUCUCGGAGCAGGAGCGCGCCAAAGAUAUGGUGCGCAUGACGGCUGAGGGUGAGGAGGUUGGAGACCCCAUCGGGCCGUGGUUGCAAUUCCUCGACCUCCAACCCGGCUUCAGCUCCUGGUCCCAAGCCACGAUGCUGCACAUGUACCUCGUACUCGCCCGCCUACGCUGCCUCGACCGCGACAGCUCCCGCAACCUGCAGCACCAGUUCAUCGACCAGUUCUUCUUCGACUGCGAGCGCAUGAUGCACCUCAACCACGGCAUGACCUCGUCCGCUCUCCGCCAGCGCUACCUAAAGGAGAUUUUCGUCCAGUGGCGCGGCCUCAUCGCCGCCUACGACGAGGGCGUCGUCAAGGAUGACAAGGUCCUCGGCGCCGCCGUGUGGCGGAACCUGUUCAAGAGCCGCGAGGAUGCCGAUCUGCGACAGGUCGCUGCCGUGGUCGCGUGGAUGCGCGCUACGCUUCAGGAUCUGGAGGCGGCGCCUGUGGAGGAUAUUCUUGUCGCGCCGGCAAAGGUGUUCAAGAGGGAUGUGAGAGAGAUGUUUGCUCUUGUUGAUGCUGUUGGAUCGCAGGUUAAGGAGGAUGUUGCUAAGCUUGGUGGUGGUCAGGAGGCGGCGGCGAAGGCGAAGGCGAAGGCGUAAGGGGGGAUCCGAGAAAGAGAAAGAGAGGGGGGAGAGAGUUGUUCGGCGGCCGUGCAGACGGUUAGAAGGGAUUCCGUGGGUCGCCGCAGUGUAUUAAACUUGUGAAGAUGAUGAGAAUCAUGUACAGCCUUGACGAGACGUCGCAGACUGUAGAGCCUGGCUUGGAGAAGGGAGACGCCGCAGGCCUUGUAAUUUUGUACAAUCACCAACGCAUAUUAGAGGUAUCGAGAUGGAAAUGAGGAACAUGGAUA